UUACAGGUUUCCAAUCGUUGGAAUUUACUUCACUCCAUUGUUGCGAAUGGGUAAACUACAAGCAAUCAGUGAGCAGAUCGAUUUUUCGGCUGAGGAAUUAAAAAUAUUGCAAUGGUGGCGGGAAGAGAAGACAUUCGCCAAGUCUUUAGAGCUCAGCAAAGGUCGAGCACGUUACACAUUCUACGAUGGCCCUCCGUUUGCUACAGGCUUACCCCAUUACGGUCAUAUUUUGGCUGGAACUAUUAAGGAUGUUGUUACUCGCUGGGCACACCAAAAUGGCUAUUAUGUUGAGCGUCGCUUUGGUUGGGAUACGCAUGGCCUUCCAGUAGAAUACGAAAUCGAUAAAAUACUUGGCAUUAAAGGUCCUCAUGAUGUUCUGAAAUUAGGUAUUGAUAAAUACAAUGCUGAAUGUCGAAGUAUUGUCAUGCGGUACUCGUCAGAUUGGGAGAACACAGUUGAACGUAUGGGACGCUGGAUUGAUUUCCAAAACGAUUAUAAAACGCUUUAUCCGUGGUUCAUGGAAAGUGUUUGGUGGGUUUUUAGUCAGUUGUUCAAAAAAGGACUUGUAUAUAGAGGAGUGAAGGUCAUGCCAUUUUCGACAGCUUGCUCUACACCACUUUCAAAUUUUGAGGCUGGACAAAAUUAUAAAGAUGUUGUUGACCCUGCAGUAGUUGUUGGUUUCACACUGGAUGAUGAUUCAUCUAUACAGCUAGCUGCAUGGACUACAACACCAUGGACUUUACCGAGUAAUUUAUGUAUUGCUGUUCAUCCAGAUCUUAUUUACGUCAUCGUUCAGGAUAAAAAAUCUGGAAAGAAAUACAUCUUGUUGGAAGAGAGAAUAUCCGAACUGUGCAAAAAUGUCCAGGAUUACGAGAUUCUGGAUCGAUUUAAAGGAAAGGUUUUGGAAGGUAAAACCUACCAGCCACUUUUCCCAUAUUUCGCCGAAAUGAAAAAUAAAGCUGGCGCAUUUCGGGUGCUUAUUGCUACGUACAUCACCACCGAUCAAGGUACUGGUGUGGUGCAUCAAGCUCCCUAUUUUGGAGAGAUUGACUUUCAAACAUGUUUGGAUAACGGUGUCAUAACCUGUGAUAUGAAGCCAAUCUGUCCAGUUGAUGAGUGUGGUCGGUUCAAAGAUGAAAUCAGUGAUUUUUGCGGUCAGUAUGUAAAAGAUGCAGACAAAAAUAUUUGCAAAUAUUUGAAGCAGCAUGGAAAUCUUAUCAGAUUGAGUGAAGUGAAGCACAGCUAUCCUUUUUGCUGGCGAUCCGAUACACCACUGCUGUAUAUGGCGGUACCAUCCUGGUUCAUUCGCGUUAAAGAAAUCGUGCCAAAACUGCUGGCUAAUAAUGACAAAACUUACUGGGUUCCGUCAUUUGUAAAAGAGAAGAGAUUUGGCAAUUGGUUAAAAGAUGCUCGUGAUUGGGCAGUUUCAAGAAAUCGAUUUUGGGGCACUCCAAUAAAUUUAUGGGUUAGUGAUGAUCUGGAGGAAAUUGUCUCCCCAGCUUCAAUUGCUGAACUGGAAAAAUUAUCCGGGCGAAAAGUGACUGAUCUUCAUAGAGAAAAUGUUGAUCACAUUACAAUACCGUCAUCUACUGGUCGUGGCGUAUUGCAUCGGGUUAGCGAAGUUUUCGAUUGCUGGUUCGAAUCUGGUUCAAUGCCUUACGCUCAAAAUCAUUACCCAUUCGAGAGGAAAGAUGAUUUCGAGAAUAAUUUUCCAGCUGACUUCAUCGCUGAAGGUAUCGAUCAAACACGAGGUUGGUUUUAUACCCUUAUGGUUCUUUCAACGGCACUCUUUGAUCGACCACCAUUCAAGAAUCUUAUUUGCAAUGGUUUGGUACUUGCUGCUGAUGGCUCGAAAAUGUCGAAACGAAAAAAGAAUUACCCAGAUCCUUUAAAGGUUGUUGGAAAAUAUGGUGCUGAUGCUUUGAGAGUCUAUUUGAUCAAUUCGCCUGUUGUUCGUGGCGAGAAUUUGCGUUUCCGGGAGGAAGGUGUUAGAGACGUACUGAAGGAUGUUUUAUUACCAUGGUACAAUGCAUACAGAUUUUUCGUCCAGAAUGUGCAAAUUUACGAAUGCACAAACGGCAAAGAGUUCAUACUGCUGGAUGAUAAGUCAGUUAAUAUAAUGGAUAAAUGGAUUCUGUCGUUUACAAACAGCUUGUUGAAUUUUGUUAGAAAUGAAAUGAGUGCAUAUCGACUUUAUGCAGUCGUUCUACCACUAACGAAAUAUUUCGAUGCCUUAACAAAUUGUUACAUACGUUUAAACAGAAAAAGGAUGAAAGGUGAAGAUGGCCCAGAAGAUUGUGCGCACAGCCUAUCGACGUUAGGAAACGUUCUCCUGCUGAUCGUCCGACUUAUGGCACCAUUUACGCCCUUUUUUUGUGAACAUUUGUGGCGUAAUUUACGGCAUAUUUCUUUAUCAUCUAGUGAAUCCGUACAUUUCGAAAUGAUUCCAGAACCACUAAAUGACUUAAUAGACAAAUCAGUGGAGCAAAGAGUUGCAAGAAUGAGAGCAGUUAUUGAUCUCGUUCGGGUUUUACGGGAAAGAAAGGGAAUACCAAUCAAGUAUCCACUGAAGGAGAUGAUCGUAAUCAACCGUGAAAAGCAAUUCUUAGAUGACGUUCUUUCACUGCAAAAUUAUAUUGUAGCAGAAGUUAACGUAAGGAUGCUGACGGUUUCACACAAUAAAGAGAAGUAUGGUGUGCAUCUGAAAGCAGAACCAAAUUUUCGCUUACUUGGCAGCAGAUUGAAGGGUGAUCAAAAGAAAGUUGUUGAUUACCUGAAGAAUCAAAUUACCGAAAAUGAAUUGGAACAGUUUGCGGAACGGGGUACGUUGAAUAUAUUGGGUUAUGAAUUGACUGCUGAAGAAGUUUGCUUAUCUUAUGCAUGUUGUGGUGUCCAAGCUGCUGGCGAACAAAUGGAAGCGCAUUCAAAUGGCCAGACAAUAGUGAUAGUGGAUACAACCGAAGAUGACACUCUGAAAGACGAAGGUUUUGCACGUGAAACUGUCAAUCGCGUCCAGAAGCUUCGUAAAAGUGCCAAAAUGAUGCCAAACGAUAAGGCAAUAGUAUAUUGCAAAGUAAAUCCGUCUACUCAUCGUCUGGCUGCAGUAAUUCAACACUACAAUGAAUUUAUUGAAAACGUGACAGGUACUCCAGUACGUUUAUCCAGUGUACCAGAUGGUGCAGAACCAAUUGCAGUAUCUUGCAGCUCAGUGAAGAAUGCACAAGUAGAAUUGCAUUUGGUCUGCUACCGGACGACGUCAUCCGCAGUAACAGUGCAUUACGGUUCCCGAAAGCACCGUAUAUUGCUGGUAGCAAAUGAUAAAGUCCUAACACAUACCGGGUUAUUUUAUGAGAUACGUGCCGUCUUUUCGCUAUGGUCAAAGUCAAAAUUAUUGCUUUCCUUAGAGCCAUUAUCGACGACAACAUAUAUUUCAUCUAAAUGUAAUUUGCUUGAUCUGGCUGAUAAAGAUAUUUAUGUUAUUGUCUCUUAAAUUUAUGGGCAGAAGUGUUCAAGUUAUAUUUGAGAUUGCUACAAGUCCAUGAUCUUUUAACCGACUUUUAAUUUUUUUUCUCGGAAAUCUCUCACCUAUACUCAAAAUUUGAUAUUGAUUUUCUCAUUCUAUCUGCUUGAUAGUACUGUAGAGUAGUGCUUGAACACUUUCUGCGGCUGCAGACCAUUGUACUCCCAGUUUCUAUGCUUUUUUCGAUUAAUUAACAUUCUCGAUGUUUCACAUGUGAUGAUUUGAAAUACGUGAAGAGCAGCACUUUUUUUCCAUAUGUAAAUGUAAGAUUCCGAAGUAUUUCCCAAUUUUUUUAUUUAUUGCUUACAGUAGUCAUAUACGUACCCUCAUAAUCUAUAAUGUUAUGAGCAUUCCUAGCUGCAUCCAGUUUACCUCUACUGAUGGAUUCAACCGUACAGAAUUUGUGCUGGCUAAUUUUUUCCAGGC